GUGAGCGAGAGGAUGCUGGCGGGGGGUGCGAGGAGCAUGCCCAGCCCCCUCCUGGCCUGCUGGCAGCCCAUCCUCCUGCUGGUGCUGGGCUCGGUGCUGUCAGGCUCGGCCUCCGGCUGCCCGCCCCGCUGCGAGUGCUCGGCCCAGGAGCGGGCCGUGCUCUGUCACCGCAAGCGCUUCGUGGCGGUCCCUGAGGGCAUCCCCACCGAGACCCGCCUGCUGGACCUGGGCAAGAACCGCAUCAAGACACUCAACCAGGACGAGUUCGCCAGCUUCCCGCACCUGGAAGAGCUGGAGCUCAACGAGAACAUCGUGAGCGCCGUGGAGCCCGGCGCCUUCAACAACCUCUUCAGCCUGCGGACGCUGGGGCUGCGCAGCAACCGGCUGAAGCUCAUCCCCCUGGGCGUCUUCACGGGCCUCAGUAACCUGACCAAGCUGGACAUCAGCGAGAAUAAGAUCGUCAUCCUGCUGGACUACAUGUUCCAGGACCUGUACAACCUCAAGUCGCUGGAGGUCGGCGACAAUGACCUCGUCUACAUCUCCCACCGGGCCUUCAGCGGCCUCAACAGCCUGGAGCAGCUGACGCUGGAGAAAUGCAACCUGACCUCCAUCCCCACCGAGGCGCUGUCCCACCUGCACAGCCUCAUCGUCCUGAGGCUCCGGCACCUCAACAUCAACGCCAUUCGGGACUACUCCUUCAAGAGGUUGUACCGGCUCAAGGUCUUGGAGAUCUCCCACUGGCCCUAUUUGGACACCAUGACACCCAACUGCCUCUAUGGCCUCAAUCUGACCUCCCUGUCCAUCACCCACUGCAACCUGACCGCCGUGCCCUACCUGGCCGUGCGCCACCUGGUCUAUCUCCGCUUCCUCAACCUCUCCUACAAUCCCAUCAGCACCAUCGAGGGCUCCAUGUUGCAUGAGCUGCUGCGGCUGCAGGAGAUCCAGCUGGUGGGUGGGCAGCUGGCCGUGGUGGAGCCCUACGCCUUCCGCGGCCUCAACUACCUGCGCGUGCUCAACGUCUCGGGCAACCAGCUGACCACCCUGGAGGAGUCGGCCUUCCACUCGGUGGGCAACCUGGAGACGCUCAUCCUGGACUCCAACCCGCUGGCCUGCGACUGCCGGCUCCUGUGGGUGUUCCGGCGCCGCUGGCGGCUCAACUUCAACCGGCAGCAGCCCACGUGCGCCACGCCCGAGUUCGUCCAGGGCAAGGAGUUCAAGGACUUCCCCGACGUGCUCCUGCCCAACUACUUCACCUGCCGCCGCGCCCGCAUCCGGGACCGCAAGGCGCAGCAGGUGUUUGUGGACGAGGGCCACACGGUGCAGUUCGUGUGCCGGGCGGACGGCGACCCGCCGCCCGCCAUCCUCUGGCUCUCGCCCCGCAAGCACCUGGUUUCGGCCAAGAGCAAUGGGCGGCUCACAGUCUUCCCCGACGGCACGCUGGAGGUGCGCUACGCCCAGGUGCAGGACAACGGCACGUACCUGUGCAUCGCGGCCAAUGCGGGCGGCAACGACUCGAUGCCGGCCCACCUACACGUGCGCAGCUACUCGCCCGACUGGCCCCAUCAGCCCAACAAGACCUUCGCUUUCAUCUCCAACCAGCCGGGUGAGGGAGAGGCCAACAGCACCCGAGCCACCGUGCCUUUCCCCUUCGACAUCAAGACCCUCAUCAUCGCCACCACCAUGGGCUUCAUCUCUUUCCUGGGCGUCGUCCUCUUCUGCCUGGUGCUGUUGUUCCUCUGGAGCCGGGGCAAGGGCAACACGAAGCACAACAUCGAGAUCGAGUACGUGCCCCGCAAGUCGGACGCGGGCAUCAGCUCCGCCGACGCGCCCCGCAAGUUCAACAUGAAGAUGAUCUGAGGACGGGGCGGGGGGGGGCAGGGACCCCCGGGGCAGGCCGGGCAGGGGAAGGGGCCUGGCCGCUGAGCGCUCGCUCCUCAGUCCUUCCCGCCGCUCCCCUGGCCCUCCACACACACCCCUGUUCCCUGCGGCUCCCCCCCACCCCCCACCCCCUGCCAGCCCUCACCGCCUGCCCUCUGUCUACCAGGACCUCCGCAGGCCAGGCCUGGGGACUCCACCUGCACAGGGCCACACGUUGACAGACUGGAGUCAGAAGCCGACAGACCGACACGCGGCACAGUCAAUAAUUCAAUAAAAAAAAGUUACGAGCUUCCUCUGUAACUUGGGUUUCAAUAAUUAUGGAUUUUUAUGAAAACUUGAAAUAAUAAAAAGAGAAAAAAAAAAACUAUUUCCUAUAGCUAGUCGGAAUGCAAACUUUUGACGUCCUGAUUGCUCCAGGGCCCUCUUCCAACUCAGUUUCUUGUUUUUCUCUUCUUCCUCCCCCUCCUCCUCCUCCUUCUCUUCCUCCUUUCUCUUCUCUUCCCCUAUGGGGAGGGAUCACUCAGGAAAACAGGAAAGGAGGCUCCAGCCCCCCCUGCCCGGGCAGCUGACAGGAGCGGGCAGGGCGGCAGGUGUGGGCCCGGCUCCGGGCUGGCCGUCUGCAGGGAGCAGGCGGAGGAGACAGGGCUGCCUGGUGGGGGUGGGGGCUGGUGGCCAAGCCGCCGGGAAGCAGUACUGCCGGGGGUCGGGGGCCCGACUCGGGUGUGGCUGAGACUCUGGACAGGGGCUGGGGUCCUCCUGCAGGACGGCACAGUCAGUGCAGAGGGCCAGGGGCUGGAGGCAGGACCGAGGCCUAACUUCUGGUCCCAGCUCUGCCACUGACUUACUGUGUGGUUUCAGACAGGUCACUGACCCUCUCUGGGCCUCAGUCUCCACAUCUGUACAAAUGGAAACGUGACCCCCCGCCCUGCCUACCUCACAGGGCUGUUGUGAGGAAUUGAUGAGAUGAUGUAUGUGAAACACUUUGUAACCUGUAAAGCGCUGUGCACAUGUGUG